AUGGCUACAAAAAUUGUUAUUGGAGGCAAGGCCACCUAUGUUGGUACACAUGCUUUCAGUAGGGCCACAGACGCGCUCGAAAAGAUCGAUUUACGGGAUACAACAGUAAUAGAAGACUUGAUCAAAAACUUUAAACCAAUCUUACUUGUGCAUUGCGCAGCGGAGAGAAGGCCAGAUGUAGCUGAAAAAGAUCCAGAAGGACUAAGCAACGGUAUUCAUUUCGUCUCAUCUAUAUAUGCACAGAUUAUGAUAGUAUUUGAUGGUAAUGCACCAGAAGGAGGAUAUGAUAUCAAUGAUGAACCAAAUCCCACUAAUUUAUACGGUGAGACCAAGUUAGCUGGUGAGAAGGCCACUUUUGAAUCGGGUGAAAAGGGUCAAGUCCUUUCACUUAGAGCACCAGUCCUUUAUGGUAAAGCCGGACGGAAUGACGAAGCAGAUUGA